GAAUAUCCCCGGAUAUCCUCGGAUAUUCCCUAGUUUUAGCUGGGGAAUAUUUACUUGGUUCACCUGCCUUACUUUCUUCACUUGGUUGUCUCCAUUCACUUGGUUCAUUUGAUUCACUUGGUUCACUUGAUCCACUUGGUUCACCUGUCUGAUCUUCUUUCCUUGGUUCUCGCCGUUCACUUGGUUCACCUGGCUGACAUUGUUCACUCGCCGGGUACACUUGCUUCGCCUAGUUCAGUUGGUUCACUUGGUUCAUGUGAUUCUCCUCGUUCUCUUGAUCGUCCUGGUUCUUUUGGCUUUCUUGGUUGAUCUAGUACUCCACAUUCUGCUUCCAGGCAUUUCCCCCGGUUGGUUUAUCUGGUUCGCUUAGUUCACCUGAUUCACCAGGUUCACGUGUUUAAAUCGCACACUUCUUUUGCACUCUCAAGGUUGCCCAAGUCCGUAGUGUCAAAGGGCGUUUCUUUCUGCAGGCACUGUGUCUAACCUUCCCGAGUUUCCAUGUCAUUUUGGCCACGAGGAGAUGAUGAUCGCUUCCGACAUCAGCUUCUCUUCUGACCCGGACAUCGUUCAGAUCAUCGCUAUUAAUGAUGAUGUGGUCAAUCUGACUCUUAGAUGUCCUAUCGGUAGUUGGUUUUUCGCUGGCCUUAGGUGUCCAACGGGGACACGACGAAAGUAAAUGUAGUAGCUAGAGUACCCACUUUACGACAAUUUGAUUCGCAGAAUCGAAGUCGCAUAGCCUUUCACCAUUGUCAUUUAUCGCUCCAGCCCUAAGUCUUCCCAGAAUAUUCCCUCUGUUUUCGUAGUCAUUUCGUCUUUUGCUUUGAAGUCAUCUAAUAAUAUAACAGCCGCUUCCACGGACCUUGUCCAACGUGUUUCCUGAUCUCCCAACAGGCGCGUUUUGUAGUUGUGCAUCUCUAUGAUAGCCUGUGCAACUUCUCAGUGUGGUAUGGCGCACGCACAUACCAAAAUUCAACACAGGUGGCUUCUUUGGUGUAAGGAAAUUGGAUAUCGGGUUCGGAAUAGUCGGCUGGCUUUCAUUUACAUCCGUCAUACACGCAGGUAUCUGGUCUAUGUCUCUCCUUGAAUCGUCGGUUGUAAAUUUCCUUACUUCCGUUCCGCUGUGUUUCUCGGGAUGGGGUUGCUAGUCCCAAGCCCAACCUCCAGUCUGGAGAGCUAGAGUGCUGUUUCGUCUGACUCCCUUUCCACUGGGCUCGAUUUCCGCCGCUCUCUCGAGUCCGGUCUACGUUCCUGGGAGGAGCGCGGGCUCUCUCCCCGAACAGCGACUGGUAAUCGAGCCUACCCAUCCUUCAUGCUAAGAUCUUCCAGGAGUACAAACCUCGGCCUUGCCGUAUUAACCUCGCUAUCGCUCGGUCAAUACGGCAAGGUCUCGGUUUGAGAUUUUCCCGUAAAGACCUCACUCUCGGAUAAUAAAUAGCUAGUGAUUUUGAAUAUUCUAACUGUAAGUAUUGUAUUUGCAUAUUUGAAGUAUUGUACUUGUAGACUAACGCAAGUCUAGGAUGCACUGAAGUAAAUUUUUUGCAAGAAAAGUUAACCGAGGUAAAUAAAAAGUGUCAAAAGUGUGACUGUAAGUUAGAAAAAACUGUUGAGCAGCUCAUGCGUGGCAUUACUUUAAUUAGUUUACCACAGUGAAAAAACAUUAAUAUGUAUCGUUUCCGAUAAUUAAUUGAUAAUUCUGAGAAUCAAAGUUCCGGGCAGUCAGGCAGAACGGCUGGAGUAGCUCGUCAUUCUUGUUCCGAAGAAGAAAAUAAGGCAGUCUGCUCGGCAAGGAAGCUCUCUCGAGAGUCAGCAACUUCAUCAAAGAGGUCUUCGAUAUUCACUUUUUGAAAGACCAGACGAAGGAAGUUCGCGGGGAAAUGGCUUUGGAUGAGGUUGCACAUCCGGAGUUGCUCAGAGACUCGAACACGUUCACUUCUCAUUCGAAAAUAGUGAAACUCAAUAUCGGCGGCCACCAUUUCUCAACCAGUCUGGAAACCCUGACUAAGGAUCCGGGUUCGAUGUUGCACGCCAUGUUUUCGGGAAGAUUUGACACAAAGCCAAGCGAGGAUGGAUCUUACUUCAUUGAUCGUGAUGGAACUCACUUCCGGUAUAUCCUGAAUUAUCUUCGCACUGGGCAGCUCCUUGUGCCUAAAGACGAGAUGGUUCGAAGAGAACUUCUGACUGAGGCCGAAUUUUAUCGAGUUGAAGGAAUAAUUAAUAACCUGAGAGCAGGAUCCUUCAAAGAGUCAUUAAUCCUGUCACCAAAUCAAUGCCAAAUCUUGAUGAGCUGGUUGAAGGGCACUAGCGCGCUAAAGGUGGCCAACCUGUUCCCUUGCUUGUUAUAUCGCGCUUCGUGGAAUGGCUGGGCUGCCUCCAGCUUUCACUCCUGUUGUGACGGGAAAGGACCGACUGUGACAGUGAUCAAGAGUGGAAAUUACAUAUUUGGAGGCUAUACGGAGCAAGCAUGGGAAACUUCUGAAGGCGAUUACAGAGAAGCACCAGGCUCAUUCCUGUUCAGCCUUGUCAACCCAAGCGGUCUGCCACCAACAAAGAUGCCUUUGAUAGCUGGACGAGAAGGAAAUGCUAUCUAUUGUGACUCUAGCUGUGGCCCAGCAUUUGGACGUUCGCGUGAUAACCCUUUUCCUACAUUUGCUUUUACCUAUAAUUGUACGCAGUAUUCAACAUCUGAAUAUCAUCAUGAUCUCAAAAUUUCUAGUUUACCACAUUCCUCUCCAUGCUCUGUACGUUUGAAUGGGAGUUAUCAGUGUCCGACCGGUCAGGAUGCUACCACAUUUUUAACAGGAAGCGAAUUAUUUACUGUCAGUGAGAUGGAAGUUUUUGGAUUUGAAUAGUACCCAUAGUACCUGUAAUGAAAAUCUUUAGUACUUUCUGACUGAGACGGAUUAAAAUCUUCGUAAAUUUUUUUUAAGCAGUUGAUCAGUAACCGUCGUAGCUCUUAUUUUUGAAGUCGAUGUACAUGAAAGAGAAUGAAGUGUUAUGUAUUAUCUCUUGAUUAAAAUAAACGUCUGUGAAGCCA